AGUUUAUAAAAUAAAAUCAAUGGUUGUGCAGAGAAGUACGCGGCAACAGUGUAACGGCGAUUUCCCUAAGUUUUCCAAAAAAUAUUUUUUAAAACCAUCAAAUUUGGGAAAAUGUCAGCUGCUCUAAAAUUUACAUCGGGAUUAAGAGAAUUAAGAAUUCAUUUAUGUCAGAAAGGUGCAGCAAGUCAAGGUGUCAGAGAUUUUAUCGAGAAAUAUUAUGUGGAAUUGAAACAGAAUAAUCCCAAAUUUCCGAUACUAAUAAGGGAAUGUUCAGGAGUUCAGCCAAAACUGUGGGCACGAUAUGAAUUUGGUAGGGAGAAAUGUGUAUCUCUUAAGGACCUGUCGGCUGCAGAUGUAUUGAAUCAACUUCAAAAUGUCACAAAGUAAUUUAGUUAAUAAACUGUGGAUAGGUUUUUAAAAGUUAUAAUUUAAAUAGAUCAUUCAAAGAGCAUAUAUAUGUAUCAGGCAUGUUUUCCUACAAUUAAAUAGCAUGAAAGAGA